UAGCCAUGAUACAACAUCACUUUCUCUAUCUUAUCCAUAAUAUUCUUUGAUACGCUUGAUUGAACCUUUUUGCACCGCCAUACCUUUCAAGACCUGCUUUCUCAUUUUGUUUUCUUCUACCCUGUUCUGUCUUGUUGAUUGUGAAAAGGGAAAGACGAAAUGGCCAAUCCUCUGAAACUCAAGUCAUUGAAUCAUAUCUCCAUUGUGUGUGCAUCAGUGGAGAAAUCUGUUGAUUUUUACGUAAACGUUCUUGGGUUUUCACCUAUCAAGAGGCCUAGUUCGUUAGACUUCAAUGGUGCAUGGUUAUUCAAUUAUGGAAUUGGUAUACACCUUCUCCAAUCAGAAGACCCAGAAGGCAUGCCCAAGAAUGCUCCCAUUAAUCCUAAGGACAACCACAUUUCUUUUCAAUGUGAAAGUAUAGCAGCUGUGGAGAAAAGACUGGAGCAAAUGGAGAUAGAGUACGUGAAGAGCAGAGUAGAGGAAAGUGGAAUCUACGUUGAUCAGCUAUUCUUCCAUGACCCUGAUGGCAUGAUGAUUGAAAUCUGCAACUGUGACAACAUCCCUGUGGUGCCUUUAUCAGAGGGAAAAAUAUGGUCAUGUUCACGCUUCAAUUGCAAUAUUCAGAAUCACCAACACCAAAUUCAACAAAUGAUCCCAAUGUAGUAAUUAACAAGUUGCGAUGUCAUGCCUGCCCUCAAUCCCCAUGAAUUCUUGCAUAAAAUGAUUGUAUCUAAACCAUGUUGUAUGUUAGCUAUAGUAAUGAAUUUUUCUUAUGAAAGUAAAAUUAGUAAAACUCUUUUUUUCCAUCUUUUAUGGUGGACGCAUUGCUAUAGUAACAGCAACGCCAACACCUACCUUGCGUGUUCUUGACUGCAUAUGUACGUAUGAAUUGAUGACACAUUUACUA